AUGAGCAAGCCACCUCCACCAUUUCCUCAGCAAUUUCAAAAGCAGCAGCAAGAUGGUCAAUUCCGAAGAUUUUUAGAUGUUUUGAAACAGCUUCACAUCAAUAUACCAUUGGUUGAAGCUUUGGAACAAAUGCCCAACUAUAAUAAAAUUCCUCCUAAAUUGAAAGACCCGGGCAGCUUUAGAAUUCCUUGUUCUAUUGGUGGUAGAGAUGUUGGUAGAGCACUUUAUGACUUGGGGGCUAGUAUCAAUUUGAUGCCCAUGUCGAUUUUCAAGAAGUUAGGAAUUGGAGAAGCAAGGCCAACCACUGUCACUUUGCAACUAGCAGAUUGUUCUAUGGCCCACCCGAAAGGAAAAAUUGAAGAUGUUCUAGUGCAAGUUGAUAAAUUCAUUUUUCCGGCCGAUUUCAUCAUUCUUGAUUAUGAAGCAGAUAGAGAUGUUCCUAUUAUCUUUGGUAGGCCAUAUCUAGCUACCGGGAGCUACAAUGAUGGGUGCGGAGAUGUUCCUAUUAUAUUUGAGGAAUGCUCUCGGUUGAAUGUAAUCGAGUAA